UUGAUUAAACAGAUCUGCAGUUGGAAGCAUCUUUACACUACAGCAUCAACUGUGCUUUGCUAGAAUUGGUUUAUCUCUAUGACAGCUAAUCUAAGAUAACGGGCUUCUUGCGGAGUGAAGAAAGAUAAGGCGGUACAUAUAAAAUAAACCACUUUUUUGUAUUUGCUCGCUCACUAUAAGUUGUGAAAAGCUGACACAGGCUAAACGAUGACAGCCAAAACUGUGGAGAAAGCCCCAGUAACUCUUGGUGGUUUUGUGCACCAGUUACCUGAAAGCAUCUACACAGUAGAUGACAUCGCCACGACUUUGCCAGCAUCGGUGGCAAUCUUUCCUAAUCCUGAUUUAGGAGGGCAUUUCGACCACGUUAGCGGAGUGCCAGGAGAUGGUAUGAUCAACGUUGACAUGAGCACAGAUAGAAGGUCUCUCGACUUGUCUUCUUACUCCAGCAGUUUCACACAGCCUUCACCUCGCAAUCAGACUUUCACAUACAUGGGCAAGUUCUCGAUUGACUCUCAGUACCCAGGUGCCAACUGGAACUCAGAAAGCGUCAUUAACAUUGUGAGCGCCGGGAUCCUGGGCGUGACCCAGCCGCCCUCGUCAUCUUCAUCACCGGCCUCCUCCAUCUCUCCUAACCCCUACUCCAGCACCUUGAGCUGCACUAUGGCUCAGAACCAGCCUGAAAUGGAGCACAUCUAUUCGCCUCCCCCUCCUUACUCUGGCUGUGGAGACAUCUACCAAGACGCAUCGUCCUUUCUGUCCUCGUCUACCUGCCACAUAUCCUACCCCCCGCCGUGUUACUCUUCACCAAAACCGUCCACUGACAGCGCUCACAUGUUCAACAUUAUCCCGGAUUAUUCCAGCCUAUUCCAGCCACAAUGCCAACGGGAUAUCCAUUCAGUACCUGACCGCAAGCCAUUCGCCUGCCCACUGGAGUCUAUGAGAGUGCCGCCACCUCUCACUCCCCUCAACACUAUUCGGAAUUUUACACUGGGGGGGCCAGCUGUUGAUGGACCCAGACUACCUAUCGCUUACAGCCCCCAGAAUUUACCUCUGAGACCAAUCCUGCGUCCGAGGAAGUACCCUAACCGCCCGAGCAAGACCCCUGUGCACGAGCGUCCCUACCCGUGCCCGGCAGAGGGAUGCGACAGGAGGUUCUCCCGUUCUGAUGAGCUCACCAGGCACAUCCGAAUUCACACCGGUCACAAACCAUUUCAGUGCCGCAUCUGUAUGAGGAACUUCAGCCGAAGCGACCACCUCACCACCCAUAUCCGUACCCACACAGGAGAGAAACCGUUCGCCUGCGAUUUCUGCGGAAGGAAAUUCGCGAGGAGUGACGAAAGAAAGAGGCACACCAAAAUUCACCUCAGGCAAAAGGAAAGAAAAUCUUCCUCGGCAGCGUCAACGAUCUCAGCAGUUUCAAACACGGACAUACCUGUCAGUAUUAGCACAUCUACCGGUAAUAUUUGCUCGACAGGCAACAGUAUGUGUCCUUCUAGGACAAUAUAAACACAUCGUAUUAUAAACACUAUAAGAAAGUAUAAUAUUAAUAGAAAACAUACUAAAACCGAAAGUACUUGAAUGGUUUUGAAGAGAUGUUGCCAAGCUGAAUCAUUGCCCUUUUCAGAUAUACACUUUGCGCUUGAACGAACUAUCAACCCAUCACUGCGGUAUAU